AUGAAGUUUUAUGUCGAUAAGAACAGAUCUGACAGAGUUUUAGAGAUCCUACAAAGAAUAGGGUCAGUGGCUUACCGAUUGGAGCUGCCGCCGAGAUCUCAAAUCCAUCAUGUGUUCCAUGUGUCUCAGUUGAAGAAGCGUGUAGGUCCUGACAUCAUCCCACAGCAACAACCACCGAUCUGUGACGGGGAUGGUUGUAUCUUAGUCCAACCAGUGACAAUCUUACAAAGGAAGAUGGUGAAGGUGAAUAAUGGAGUGGGUGUCAAAGUUUUAGUUCAAUGGGCUAAUUUGAAGGCGGAGGAUGCAACUUGGAAAUAUUGGGGAUAUCUCAAGAGCAAGUUUCCAGAAUUUGUGGCUAUUCUCUGA